AUAAUAAAGUGAACGAGAAAAAAAACUUUCCUCAUUUGAAAAUCGAUUGAUCGAUUAUCAAGAAAAAAAAAAUCGUCAUUUUUCACUUGUACGUCAACCACAUAUACAUUUUUCAUCUGUUUCUCUCCAUCUCUCUCUCUCUAUUUCUUCCUGUGUGGGUGAUAAAAGCAAACAAAUCAUUCACGCACACACACACAUACAAACACCGAAAACAUUUUCAGACAACUUGAAAUCAAUAAAAAAAAAUUUUGUUUUUCAAAGUGACAAAAUUUACAUUUUUAUUUUCACACUUUUUGUUUGUCCGUCUUUUUUUUUGUUCAAUGACAAUGAAAUUUGAAGAAGCAGCCGAAUCGGUUAAAAAUCUAAAAAAACGACCAACCGACAAUGAAUUAUUGGAAUUAUAUGGCUAUUAUAAACAAGCGACCAUUGGUGAUUGCAAUACAGAUAGACCAGGAUUAUUGGAUCCAAAAGGACGAUAUAAAUGGGAUCAAUGGAAUAAAUUGAAAGGAAUGACAAAUGAAGAGGCAUCGAAAAAAUAUAUUGAAAUUGUGGAAAAAUUAUUGGAAAAAUAUCGUGAUUAAUUAAUUUUGUUCAAACAGAAACGAAUAUUCCAAUUACCAAAUGAUAAUCAACACACACACACACACACACACACGCACGAAAAGAGACAACAACAACCUUGAUCCAUUUGAUUUGAAUUUUUUUUUUCUUCAUUUUCAUUUGAUUACGCACACAAAUGUGCAACAACAAUAAAUGGGUCAUCAUGUAAUUAAUGAGUUAAAUUAUGUAAUCAUCAAUUUUAUAAUCCA